UUCACCGGCAUCAGAAAGCACAGCAGUCGCCGCUCCCGCUUACCAUUCGCUUGAACUCUUGCUCCACUACCCAGUCAAGCGGGCUCGCCGUGAACGUCACCCUCCAGGUUCACCCCUUUCUCGACCGUUGUCUUGAAACAAGCCAUCCUCCAUAAACCAAUACCGCCCACCUAUCCUGUCAGUCACCCUUCUCGCCAUCAUGUCUCUAAACCCUACACCAGCCCAGGAGGAAUUCGCCGACCUCCUCGCCAAGAACAGCCGCUCUGAACUCGACGGUAUCCACCCAGAAGACCGGGACGCUGUCGCCAGAGAGCUCGAAAAUCGAAGCGAGGACGAGGAAGACCGCUACCGAGCCGCCCAGAUCGACGCCGCCAUGCGAAUGCCGACCAUGGAUUCACACGUAGACAUCAGACUACCGCCCGCGGAUUUCGACAGGGGCCGCUCGACCGGGGUCAAGGGCGUCAUCGCCGACGCCAGGUCAUACGAGACGGCCCGACGGUCAAGGUGGAAGGAAAGGGUGCGUGCCGCUCGCCGAAGCGUGUUCGGGCUGGACCGAAGCAGCGAGCCGGAUAGCGACGGCAGCGGCGCCGAGGACCCGGACGAGGCGGCCUUUUUGGAACAGUGGCGCCAGUGCCGUCUGCGCGAGCUCGAGGAGGAGAGCAGGAACCCCGUCCGGAACCGGAGAACGAGCCCCAGUGUUAGGCUUUACGGGCGCUUCGACCAAGUAGAUGCUCUAGGAUACCUCGACGCCAUAGAGAAGGUUGGGAGGGAAACGGUAGUAGUCGUCUUUGUCUACGAUCACCAGGUGUCGGCGGCAAUCGAGUCCGCCUUGGUUCCCCUAGUCACCACCUACCCGGCCGUCCAUUUCGUCAAGGUCCACUUCGAGGAUAUCGAGUUCGACAACGCUGGCGUGCCGGCAAUUCUCGCCUAUCGAAACCAGGGCGAUCUGUUUUCCAACAUGACAGGGAUCAUGGAGAUGAUCCCCGACGACGACGAUUUCGACACAGACUCGCUUAGAAAGCUCUUUAUCAAGCAGGGUAUUCUAUAACAGAGGGUAGCGCUCGAGCGGAGUCGUCCUACUUCUUUACCUCGGUCCUGGGAUGCCCACCAUCCCCAGAUGUCGGUCCAGGACGAUGCAGCAAGGGGAUAUAUAAGAGAUACCACAGCAGGAUGUAUCUGGCGUUUAUUUACCAUGCGGUGGCGGCGGCUGGGAACCAAGUAUUGUACAAUACAUUGAUAUGUGGCACUGUAAACUAGCGCAGGGUUUAUUAUUGCGAUACGAUUGGAAGGAUAUCACA